AUGGACUGUAAAUUAGGGCUAAUUCUAAUUAUCCUUGCUUUAAAAUUAAAAUCGUAUUUGUCACAAUCGGAUGAAAUUACAACCGAUCUUCCUGUUUCUAAACCUGAUUAUGUCACGAUUGCAAGUAACGAUGGCGUAUGCACAACUACUUUGAACAAAUGUUCUCUAAAAGUGACUACGAAGUAUUUAAGAGGAUUGCCCGGACCGCCUGGACCCAGGGGAGAAACAGGUGCACGUGGCGAAAAGGGGGACACAGGGGUACGUGGUCCUCCAGGACACCCUGGGGAACCAGGUGUUUAUGUCCCAAGUGACUUCAUGGAUGAUGCAGAUAGUCGAGACAGUGAUGAAGGCUCCGAAACAUCUCCUAUCGUUGAUCUUUGCAGAAAUUAUCCACACCUGACGAAUAUAUCAAAAACGUAUUGGAUUAGGAAGAACACUCCAUUUGAGAUACGAUGCACGGAAUCGCGAUGGACCUGCCUCUCCAAUAUGAAAAACACGACAGUGUUUGACUAUACUUCGAAGACUAAACCAUUUUGGCUAAGCGAAUUAAACUUUAAUCAAACCGAGUUUUAUGGGGUAACAGAAGAUAAGAUUAUGUAUCUGCAGACUCGCGCGUCGUUCGUCAAACUAAGUUUAAAAUAUCAUUGUAGCAAUUCAGUUGUUCUAUCAUCACACGAACACAAAGACAACUUUUUACAGCUUUUGUUGUGGAAUGAUGUUUUAAUAGGACCCUACCCAGAAGCAAAUACACCGUUGUUUUACAGUAUAUCGAAUGAUAAAUGCAAGGAAAUGGUGGAGGGCGCAUCAACCUGGUCGACCACGGAUAUAUCGAUUACUAGUCAUGCUCGACGGUUGCCCGUUAUUGAUUUUCUCAUAAAUGACGUCCGCAAGGGAAAUCAGUCAAUGUUUUUAGAAUUGAAAGAGCUAUGUUUUAAU